GUAAGUCUGGGGAUUAGGCGAAGAGCGUAUCCGAGGAGCAGGCUGAGGGUUAGGUGAUGCUUCUUCUUGGGCCCACUUAGCACCGGAAGUGAGUGGGCACGCGGGGAGGACGCCGGGAAGCAGGUCCCUGGGUCGUCGGUCGGAUUCCGGAAGCCAGAGGGGAGCAGAGCUUGCGUCUGCGAGACCCUGGCGCCCUUUUCCCACUAGUCUGAGGAUGCUUGGAGUUAAUGUGCCCCUCCUUUCCACUUUUAGUUUGACAGAAAUACAGCGGAUUCCAAAUUCACUUUAAAAUUCUCUCUGAGACAUUUUCAUCAAAUCUGAGCCACAGUUUCAUCUCUUAAGAUGGAUGGCCAAGAUCUCCACUUAAAGUGGUAGAAGUCUUUAAGUGUGGAAUAUUGAGCAGGAGCUUUGCCAUUGGCUGGUUGAGAAGGAAGAGGCAGAAUGUCUGCAUUGUUACACCAUAGAGUUCAAACUUCAGAAGACUUGGGUUAAGCAGUGUCAUUUACUCUGUAAAUGAUCAUGCCUUCACUUAUCCUCUCUGAUCAUCCCAAACUAAUGAAACACACUUUAGGUUUUUUGAAUUCAGGUUAUGCUGUUUUCCAGAUGCCCUGGCAGCUCGUUCAGGGCCUGUGAAAAAUGGAACCAAACUCUCUGAGGACUAAAGUCCCAGCUUUCUUAUCUGAUUUGGGGAAGGCCACUUUGAGGGGGAUCAGAAAGUGUCCCCGAUGUGGCACAUACAAUGGAACCCGGGGACUGAGCUGUAAGAACAAGACAUGUGGGACCAUUUUCCGCUAUGGUGCACGAAAACAGCCUAGUGUUGAAGCUGUCAAAAUCAUUACUGGCUCAGAUCUGCAGGUCUACUCAGUUCGGCAGAGAGACCGGGGCCCUGAUUACCGAUGCUUUGUGGAGCUAGGUGUGUCAGAGACGACAAUCCAGACCGUGGAUGGGACUAUCAUCACUCAGCUGAGCUCUGGACGGUGUUAUGUCCCCUCCUGCUUGAAAACUGCCUCCCAAGGUGUUGUAGAAAACCAGUGCCAGCAUAUCAAGCUGGCAGUGAACUGCCAGGCAGAGGCCACCCCGCUGACCCUGAAGAGUUCGGUCUUGAACGCCAUGCAAGCCUCCCCAGAAACCAAACAGACCAUCUGGCAACUGGCCACAGAACCCACAGGUCCUCUGGUACAAAGGAUUACCAAAAACAUCCUGGUGGUGAAAUGCAAGGCAAGCCAGAAGCAUAGUUUGGGGUAUUUGCAUACAUCUUUUGUGCAGAAAAUCAGUGCCAAGAGCUUGCCUGAGCGUCGCUUCUUCUGCUCCUGCCAGACUCUGAAAUCGCACAAGUCGAAUGCUUGUAAGGAUGACACAGCCCAGAGAUGCAUUCAUUUCUUUGCUUGUAUCUGUGCCUUUGCCAGUGACGAGACAUUGGCUCAGGAAUUCUCAGACUUCCUUAAUUUUGAUUCUAGCGGUCUUAAAGAAAUUAUUGUGCCCCAAUUAGGUUGUCACUCAGAGUCAUCUGUAUCAGCUUCUGAGUCUACUGCCUCUAAGCCAAAGAAGAGGAAAAAGGGUGAAGUAUCUGGUGCACAGAUGAAUAGUUCACUAAUGCCUCAAGAUGCAGUGAGCAGUAAUCUAAGGAAGAGUGGCCUGAAAAAGCCUGUGGUUGCUUCUUCAUUAAAAAGGCAGUGUAAGUUUCCCGUCCCUAGAAUAGGCUACAGUGAUGCCUGUGGUCAGCUGUUAGACGAGGCACAAGUGACUUUGUCUUUUCAAGAUUGGCUGGCCAGUGUCACUGAGCGAAUCCAUCAAACCAUGCACUAUCAGUUUGAUGGCAAACCAGAGCCACUGGUAUUUCACAUUCCUCAGUCCUUUUUUGAUGCCCUGCAACAGAGAAUAUCCAUAGGAAGUGCGAAAAAACGGCUCCCCAACUCUACCACAGCUUUUGUUCGAAAAGAUGCCUUGCCACUGGGAACAUUUUCCAAGUACACCUGGCAUAUCACUAAUAUCCUGCAAGUUAAACAAAUCUUGGAUACCCCAGAGAUGCCCUUGGAAAUUACCCGUAGUUUUAUCCAGAACCGAGAUGGGACUUAUGAGCUAUUUAAAUGCCCUAAAGUGGAAGUAGAGAGCAUAGCAGAAACCUAUGGCCGCAUAGAAAAGCAACCAGUGCUGCGACCCUUGGAACUAAAAACUUUUCUCAAAGUUGGCAAUACUUCCCCAGAUCAAAAGGAGCCAACACCUUUCAUCAUUGAGUGGAUCCCAGAUAUCCUUCCCCAAUCCAAGAUUGGUGAGCUGCGGAUCAAAUUUGAGUACGGUCACCACCGGAACGGGCAUGUGGCGGACUACCAAGACCAGAGGCCCCCUCUGGACCAGCCACUGGAACUGGCCCCUCUGACCACUAUCACUUUCCCUUGAGACAAGAGUAUUUUACUGCUAAAUUUGCACAUCUCCAACCCUGACCACUUCUACUACUCUAUUACUUAGUGAAUCGUUCUUAGUUAAGAUUCCAUUUCUCAGAAGUCAAGUGGGUUUUGUUGAGGAAACAUUCUUAUAAGUAGCCUUUAAAGUGCUGCUGUAUACAGUCUUCAUUAUAAAUUGGGCAGAAUUUCUGGCUAGAGUUUUAAAAGGAAGGGGCUGGGGAUUUAACUCAGUGGUGCUGCCGCCUGCCUUGUAAGCACAAGGUCCUGAAUUCAAUCCCCAGUUUAAAAAAAAAAAAAAAAAGGAAGAAACAACCGGCGCACUUUGUCAUAGACUCAAUUUUAGAGUUUAUUUCAGUGUCUUUCUAAUUCUUUCAGAAGUUAGCAGCACUCAGCCUUACACUAACAGUGUUGGGAAGUUAAUGCCCUGGUUAGGACGGAAUGUAAGGGGCCAUCCUUACUUUGGCCAUGCUCGUUAUUCUGUUCUCAAAUAAAGCAGAGUCACUAGUUUUCAAAAGGUUGGUUCAUGGUGGCCUGAUUAUAAACUUAUAAACCUUUUGGGAGAUUUACCUGAAAAAGAGGUUUGGGUGUCAAGGGAGUAUUGGCAUUUGAAGCUAAUGACUGUAAUUGUUUAUUAGCUUUAUUGUUGUUGUUAUUAUUUUGCUUAUUAGCUUUAUAUUUAUUUCCACCUUUAUUUUUCAAAACGUUUACAGCCACUAGACCCUCAUUCCUCUUUCUGGGUUCAUUGGUCACAGAUUGUCACAAAGGAAAUCAAUAUUUCUACAUGCCCACCAUGGGCCAGGCACUUACAUUAUUCACUUCAUCUUUUUUUCCCCAUUAAAUCUUAAUUGUUUUGAGUUUAGACCUUUUUAGAGUUAAAUAAAUGGCCUCUAUCUGAGAUUAUGUAUCUUGCUGGAAACAGCGUUAAAAUAAUGUUUACUCCCCCCCCCAAAAUUACUCUAUAGUACAUAUUAUUUCUCCUUGUGAUAUGUUGUUUUGACAUAAAUGUCUCAUAGGUCACUGUCCUUGGUCGAAGCAAAAAGCCCCAUAUGAAUUAGGCUUUUGGUUUUCAAUUGCAAGUGAUAGAAAUAGCUCUACCCACAGAAUGAAUGGCUGUUCAAGAACACUGAAAUAGUGCAGGGCAGCCACACUAGGGUGGAGCUAGGAUAUGGAUGGGGCUCAGUCUUGUUGCCAGGGGCUGAUUCAUUUCUGUCUCUUGGGGCUUCACAGAACAGCUGAGGGGCCUGGAAGUGUGGCAUCCACAAUAUGACUUGUUUUACAAUAAUACUAAAAUUUAACAUGUAUAGGAAUCACCUAGGGAUCUAGUAGAAACUCAUGUUCUGUUUCAGAAGUUCUAAGGUGGCCCCAAAGUUCUGAAUAUUUAUCAUCAGUUCCCAAGCCAUGCACAAAAUACUGGACUAUAGAAUGUACCCAGUACUAACGUUGAUGCCUGACCUGAUCCAUACAUAACUUCCCUUUCACCUUUCAUUGACAAAAGGAGAGCAGCUUAAGGCCCCAGCAAGGAGCAAGGGCACUGGAUAUGUUUCAAGACAGAUUUCUUUCUUUCCUUACCCCUUCUUUCAUAUAUAACCCCCCACCAAAGAAAAUGUAUCGCUUUUUUUUGGGAGGGUGUACCGGGUAUGAACUCGGGUCUUUGCUCUUGCGAGGCAGGUGGUAUCACUUCUUUUUUUUAAAAAU